GGAGCAUUUCCAUUCUUAGCAUCCAGAGGGUCACCAGCUCCAGGGGCCGCCAUGUUGCUGCUCCGCCCUAAGUCGUCGAUCCCGGAACUCGCCGGGAAUUGUAGUCUUUGACUUCCACAAGGGAUUCUGGGAGAUGUAGUCCACGUGGAGUUUUCUGGGUAGAGGCAGGGUCUCUCCGCCCUAGAGGAGAGACAGGACAGGUGAGAAGCGGCCUGUUUUCUGAUUGGCUGAGCUCUCCGUGGCAGUUGGGGCGCGAAAAGCUGUUGACAGUUCGAGGCCCUGGUGGACAUUACGUUUUCCUCAGAUUCGAGGCAAGGACAAACAUAUAGAAAGGAAAGGAAGAAUCCAAGGUGUGGCAGAAGAUUCUGGAAAUAAGCUAAGGAAGCCAGUUUGUGGAUCCCGUGAACUGUACAGGUGCUCCAAAAGACUUCUGAAUAUGGAAGGACCCUUGAGGCCAAGACUGGUUAACUGCAGUGACUUUCAGUUUGGAGUGGUUGCCACAGAGACCAUCGAAAAUGCUCUGCUUCACUUGGCCCAGCAGAAUGAGCAAGCCGUGAAGGAGGCUGCGGGACGGAAGGGGAGCUUCAGGGAGACCCGGAUCGUGGAGUUUGUUUUUCUCCUGUCUGAACAAUGGUGUCUGGAGAAAUCGGUGAGCUACCAGGCUGUAGAAAUCCUAGAAAGGUUCAUGGUGAAGCAGGCAGAGAGCAUCUGUCGGCAAGCCACACUCCAGCUGAGAAGUAACGAGACUGAGUUGCAGAGCUGGAGGACUCUGAGAGAGCAGCUUUGCAACAAGUUCAUCCUCCGUUUGGUGUCGUGUGUUCAGCUGGCCAGCAAACUGUCCUUCCACUACAAAAUUGUCAGCAACAUUACAGUCCUGAAUUUCCUCCAGGCUCUUGGAUAUGUAUACACCAAAGAAGAACUGCUGGAGUCAGAGCUUGAUAUUUUGAAGUCCCUGAACUUCCAAAUAAAUCUGCCCACUCCUCUGGCGUAUGUGGAGAUGCUGCUUGAAGUUCUAGGGUACAAUGGCUGUUUGGUCCCUGCCACACAACUACAUGCAACUUGUCUGACCCUCCUUGACCUGGUCUAUCUUCUGCAUGAACCCAUCUAUGAGAGCCUGUUGAGAGCUUCAAUUGAGAAUUCUACACCCAGUCAGCUGCAGGGGGAAAAGUUUAUCUCUGUGAAGGAAGACUUUAUGCUGUUGGCAGUUGGAAUCAUUGCAGCGAGCGCCUUCAUCCAAAACCAUGAAUGCUGGAGUCAGGUUCUAGGGCAUCUGCAGAGUAUCACUGGCAUUGGCUUGGAAAGCAUUGCUGAGUUCUCUUAUGCAAUCCUGACUCACAGCGUGGGAGCGAACACUCCCGAGCAGCCUGUUCCCCACAAGGCAGCCAGAGCGCUGAGGACUGCUGCUUCCUCUAACACGUGAGGCUGGCUGACCUACACCGCCUUCUGUCACUGGACCCCCUUUCCUUGUUUACUUUCAAACUCAGGGUACAAAAAUUCCAAGUUUCCUUUGAACAGUGUUUUGUAUUCCAAUUUCAGGCAUGUUAUUUUUUUUUCCACAUCAGAGAUAGUGAUGGGAGACAAACUUAUCUGUUGUGUCAUGGCAGGCUAAAAUACACCAAAGAAUUGGAUGGAGUUAAGAUUGUGAAAUUGGUUCAUUUUUGUUUGAUAAGACUUUUAAUUGUUUCUAAUUUAAUCUAAGAGGUAAUGUCAGGUAGAGGCAGAGGAUCUAAAACACUUGACCUUGACUGAAUCUCUCUGAAGUAGCCUUUCUUCCCUUGCUCCUGCUACAACUGGUUUUUCGUUUGUUUUGUUUCUUGAGACAGGGUCUCACUCUUCAGCCCUAGCUGCCUUGCAGCUCACUACACACCAGACAGGCUGGAAUUCAGAGGCUCACUUGCCUCGUCUCCUGAGUGCUGGAGCUAAACACCGUCAUUCUGGUUCUUUAUCUCCUUUUUAAACUAAGGCAUGUUUUAACAGGAUUUCUACCAAACUGACUGAAACUCAAUUCUUCCACAACACAAAAUACUCAAUUUUAAGGAAAAACAUACUGGCAUACCACUUGGUAAUUAACAGACCAUAGCAAAUCCUUUAUUACAAAUAAUUAAUCUCUCCACGUCUCAGACAGCAUUCUGUAAUCCCACUAGACAGCACAGUAGGUGUCCAGCACUAGAAGUGAGGACACAGUUAAACUGCUAACUUCUGACCUGGUGUCCUUUCCCCACAUUACCCAACUGUGCCUGCCACAGCGUCUCAUCUCAAAACUUCUGUUUCAUAUCGUAAGUGCAGGAAGUUGAGAGAGAUAAAAUCCAGUGAAAACACAUUAAUGUCAAUUCAACUUAAAAAAGAAAACAAAGCAAAUUUAAAUUAGUUGUUUCAGGAAAGAGGGAAAGGACGGCAUGGGGUUGAGUCAAAACUAUGGCAGGGCUCUUUGCUAUCCAUGGCGUGUACUCUGGAAACUCUCUGUCAUAUUUGAAAAUAAAGUAGCUUUUGUGAAUUUUGA